AUGAGCAUCUCUGCCUUGCUUUCAAUGGGCCGGUGCUGCUGUCGCUGCUGCUGUCCGCGCGGGUUGUGGAUGUUGUCGGCUCCGUGUUGUGAUGACAGGAGAAUGUGUGUGUGUCCCGGGCCCAGACGAAUUGGAAUCCCAGUCAGAAGCUCCAGCCUACCACUGUUUUCUGAUGCCAUGCCAGCACCAACUCAACUGUUUUUCCCCCUGAUCCGUAACUGUGAACUGAGCAGAAUCUAUGGCACUGUGUGUUACUGUCACCACAAGCACUUCUGCUGCUCAUCACCCCACAUUCCUCCGAGUCGCCUGAGAUACACGCCGCAUCCAGCAUAUGCCACCUUUUGCAGGCCGAAAGAGAACUGGUGGCAUUACACCCAAGGAAGGAGAUAUGCUUCCACGCCACAGAAAUUUUACCUCACACCUCCGCAGGUCAACAGCAUCCUAAAAGCUAAUGAAUAUAGUUUUAAAGUGCCAGAAUUUGAUGGCAAAAAUGUCAGUUCUGUCCUAGGGUUUGACAGCAACCAGUUGCCUGCAAAUGCACCAAUUGAGGAUCGGCGAAGCGCAGCAACCUGCCUGCAGACCAGAGGGAUGCUCUUGGGGGUUUUCGAUGGCCAUGCAGGCUGUGCAUGUUCCCAGGCAGUCAGUGAAAGACUCUUUUAUUAUAUUGCUGUCUCUUUGUUGCCCCAUGAGACCUUGUUAGAGAUUGAAAAUGCAGUGGAGAGUGGGCGAGCACUCCUACCCAUUCUCCAAUGGCAUAAGCACCCUAAUGAUUACUUCAGUAAGGAAGCAUCUAAAUUGUACUUCAACAGCUUAAGGACUUACUGGCAAGAGCUUAUAGACCUCAACACUGGAGAGUCAACUGAUAUUGAUGUUAAGGAGGCUUUAAUAAAUGCCUUCAAAAGGCUUGAUAAUGACAUCUCUUUGGAGGCCCAAGUCGGUGAUCCCAAUUCUUUCCUCAACUACCUGGUGCUUCGAGUGGCAUUUUCCGGGGCCACUGCUUGUGUGGCCCAUGUGGAUGGUGUAGACCUUCAUGUGGCCAAUACUGGGGAUAGCAGAGCCAUGCUGGGUGUGCAGGAGGAGGAUGGCUCUUGGUCAGCAGUCACUCUCUCUAAUGACCACAAUGCCCAGAAUCAGAGCGAACUGGACCGGCUGAAAUUGGAACACCCCAAGAAUGAGGCCAAGAGUGUGGUCAAACAAGAUCGGCUGCUUGGCUUGCUCAUGCCUUUCAGGGCUUUUGGAGAUGUCAAGUUCAAAUGGAGCAUUGACCUUCAAAAGAGAGUGAUAGAAUCUGGCCCAGACCAGUUGAAUGACAAUGAAUAUACCAAGUUUAUCCCUCCCAAUUAUUACACACCUCCUUAUCUCACUGCUGAGCCAGAGGUUACUUACCAUCGCCUAAGGCCACAGGAUAAAUUUCUGGUGUUGGCCACUGAUGGCUUGUGGGAGACCAUGCAUAGGCAGGAUGUGGUUAGAAUUGUGGGUGAGUACUUAACUGGCAUGCAUCACCAACAGCCUAUAGCUGUUGGUGGCUACAAGGUGACUCUGGGACAGAUGCAUGGCCUUUUGACAGAAAGGAGAGCCAAGAUGUCCUCAGUGUUCGAGGAUCAGAACGCAGCGACCCAUCUCAUUCGCCAUGCCGUUGGCAACAAUGAGUUUGGAGCUGUUGAUCAUGAGCGUCUUUCCAAAAUGCUUAGUCUCCCUGAAGAGCUUGCACGAAUGUACAGAGAUGACAUUACAAUAAUUGUUGUUCAGUUCAAUUCUCAUGUUGUAGGAGCAUAUCAAAACCAGGAAUAGUGAAUGACUCCUCCCCUGACAAUUCUUAAACAAAAUACUUCUGAAGAGCAGAUAGAUUGGAAAAGGUUAUCAAGAACAGUGCUUGCUAGUGGGUCAUUCUAAGCCUUUACUCACUUGAUACUCUGGCAAGUCCAGAUUGACUUUUCAUUAGGGUGGCAGAACCCUGAGGGUCUGAUUCUGCCGAGUUAGGAUCUCCCACACCUAUACUCAAGGCUCCCCUAUUUAUUGAAGGUGCCUCAAGACACCUAAGAAAAUCAAGAUGGCCUAACAAUGGGAUCUUGAAUGGGCCAAAAGCAGAAAUCUUUCUAGGCAUAUUCUCAUGACAAAAGGGAAGGAAUAUUACAAUUCAAACCUUCAGACCCCUUUCUUCACUCUGAUUCGGGUAUACAUGAUGGCAUUAUUUAGUGCUUGAUUUCCAAUCUAUGCAUUAUUCACUAAAUUUUAUUUUUGCCUGAAAUGGUUUUCUAAUCCAGUACUCAAGCCAUAAAUGACCAAGAACCAAGCA